AUGAAGAGACUCAUUCCGACGGUAAUAUCGGUAUUGCUGGUGUUUCUUACACUCACAAGCCCUGUUCAGUCGGCAGGAUGCAGCAUAUACGGCAACUGUGGAAAGAAAUCACUAUUCGGCAGCGAACUACCCUGUCCGACACCACAAGACAAGGCUGGUCCGUUUGAGCCUUCCAAGGGGGAUCUGGAUCUGCUAGGAGAGAUCUGCGGCGAGGUUUGGACACACGAGAAACUUUUAUGUUGUGAUACGGCGCAGAUCAAGGAUCUGAAGAACUCGCUGAAGAAGGCCGAUGGUCUGAUUUCAUCGUGUCCGGCUUGCAAGUCCAAUUUUUACGAAUUCUUCUGCAAGUUCACAUGUGCCCCUGACCAGCGCGACUACGUUAAUGUGACACAACUGGGCAAAUCGACAGACGGACGAGAUAUCGUGACAGAGUUGAGUUACUAUGUGAAACCAGAGUGGGCUCAGGGGUUCUACGACUCGUGUAAAGACAUCAAGUUCUCGGCGACCAACGGCUACGCCAUGGACCUGUUAGGAGGCGGUAGACACGGAUACAAGAACUUUCUCAAGUUUCUGGGGGACGAAAAACCCAUGCUCGGAGGUUCCCCCUUUCAAAUCAACUUCCCCUGGCCCGAAGAUGAGAAGGACAAAAACUACCCUCCCAAGGGAAUUAAGCCCGUGGAGCCUGUUCUUCGAGACUGUGCAACAGGUGCUUACAAAUGUGCAUGCAGUGAUUGUGAGGGUGCUUGUCCUGAGUUGCCUAACAUCAAGAAACAUGGAGCUUGCAAGGUUGGACAUCUUCCUUGUCUGAGCUUCGCGGUGAUCAUCAUCUACUCAGUGGUUCUUCUCGGCGCAAUUGCAGGUUCCUGGUUUGUUCACAGUCAUACGCUCUUCUCUGGAGCCACUCUAGAGGACCAGUACAUGACUUCCAGAUGGUACCAGAACCCCCAUGCGUCAGAGAAGUACACCACUUAUCCUAUCAACCGAUUCUUGCAAUACUGGGUGUCUCGAAUUGCGCUUUUCUGCGCUUCAUACCCUGCAGUGACCAUUGGUUUUACGGUCACCCUGUCUAUUCUCAUGUCAGUUGGCUUGACCAGGUUUCAGGUUGAAGAGAACCCAGUAAGAUUGUGGGUAUCCGAGGAUUCUACUCCUUACCUCCAGAAAGAGAACUUUGACAACAAUUUCGGCCCCUUCUACCGUACCGCUCAGGUUUACCUUGUCAACACAACAGGAAGCGUGGUCAACCAAGAGAAUCUGGUAUGGUGGCAGGGAGUCGAACAGCAGAUUAUCAGCCUACAGGUGGAAGGCACCUCUUUCAAUGACUUCUGUCUAAAGCCCACAAACGAUGCCUGUGUCAUUCAGAGUUACACUCAAUAUGGAAUUAAUCUAAACUCUCCAGACUGGGCCACUCAGUUGCAAACUUGCACUUCUUCCGCAGUGCAGUGUCUGCCACCUUUUGGACAGCCUCUCAACAUGAAUCUGCUAUUUGGAGGCUACAAUGAGACCUCUCGUGAUCCUCUCUCUGCCCAGGCUCUCGUCAUUACCCUUGUUGGAGAAGGUUACCUAGAAGAUGAUCCUCAAGAAGCACGAGCUCAAAAGUGGGAAAAGGGUCUGAUUGAUGUGCUCCUGGAUGUUCAACACGAGGCAUGGAGACGAGGUCUACAGCUCUCCUUCUCUACUGAGGCUUCUCUUACUGAAGAGCUGAACAAGAGCACCAACACAGAUGUGAAGAUUGUUGUCAUCUCGUACCUCGUCAUGUUCCUCUACGCCUCCAUGGCUCUCGGAGGAGGCUCUGGUAAGGCCAAGUUCGGCCUCGGACUCUGUGGUAUCAUCAUUGUGCUUCUGUCUGUAGCAGCUUCUGCUGGCAUCUGUGCUGCAAUUGGUAUCAAGGCCACUCUCAUUAUUGCGGAGGUUAUCCCUUUCCUGGUUCUUGCUGUCGGCGUGGACAACAUUUUCCUGCUUUGCCAUGAGAUGGACGCUGCCAAUAUCGCCUACCCUAAUGACAGUGUUGACACACGAGUCUCCAAGGCUGUAGGCAGAAUUGGACCCAGUAUUGUCAUUUCUGCAAUCACUGAGACAUUGGCUUUUGGAUUGGCUGCGACGGUGAAGAUGCCUGCUGUUCGAAACUUUGCCAUAUACGCUGCUGGUGCGGUGUUUAUUAAUGCCAUUCUGCAGCUGACUAUUUUUGUGUCUGUCAUGGCACUCGAUCAGCGACGACAGUCAGCCCCCAUUCAGCUCGCUGACUCCUAUGACCUAGACUUUAACAUUCUUGAGCAUCGAGAGAACCUAUUCUCUAGACUUAUCCGACGAUACUACGCUCCCUUCUUACUCAAGAAGAAGACCAAGAAGAUUGUGCUUGCUGUGUUUGGAACUUGGGCUGCUGUCUCUCUGAUUCUCUGGCCCAUGCUGCAACUUGGGCUUGAUCAACGUCUUGCUGUUCCUUCGGAUUCUUAUCUUGUUCAGUACUUUGAUGACAUCUAUGACUACCUCAAUGUAGGCCCUCCUGUCUACUUCGUUGUGUCUGGCCUGAAUGCCACUAGCAGAAACGGACAGCAGUCGUUGUGUGGAACAUUCACGACUUGUGAGGAUUACUCUUUGGUGAACAUUGUCGAGCAGGAGAGAAAGCGACCCGAGCUGUCUUACAUUAGCGAGCCCGCCUCUUCUUGGAUCGACGACUAUCUCAAGUGGCUGAAUCCAGAUCUUGAUGAGUGCUGUCGAGUCAAGAAGACCGACAAAGACGUUGCCUGUCCUCCUCGAGCCUCCCCGCGAGCUUGCAACGUUUGUUUCAAGGACAGGGAUCCUGCUUGGAAUAUCACAAUGUCUGGUCUGCCCCAGGGACCUGAGUUCAUGCAUUACUUUGACUUCUGGAUCGAUGCUCCUUCUGACCCUUGUCCUCUUGGAGGUAAGGCUCCCUACAGUGACGCCGUUGUCUAUGACAGUGAUGAUGUCCUCACGUCCCAUUUUAGAUCGUUCCACACACCUCUCAGGUCACAAAAGGAUUUCAUCAAUGCGUUAGCAAGUGCCAAGCGUAUCUCCAAGGAUAUUGAGAAGACUCUAGGAGGUACUGAGGGGUCUGUUUAUGCUUACUCGCCCUUUUACAUUUUCUUCGAUCAGUACUCGUACAUCAUCAAGCAGGCAUUUGCCCUGAUUGGAGGAGUACUGGCAGCUGUUCUGGUUUUGCUGGCUAUCAUUAUGGGGUCUGUCAAGACAUCUUUCACUGUUGUUCUGACAGUGUCACUAAUGUUGAUAAACAUUGUUGGUUUCAUGGCCAUUUGGAAUGUCAAUCUGAACGCCAUCUCGCUAGUGAACCUUGUUAUUUGUGUUGGUCUAGGAGUGGAGUUCUGUGUGCACUUGGCGCGUGCAUUUACGACUGUUUCGGCCAAUUCUUCGCAUAUCCGAAUGUCUCCCACCAAGAACACCCGUACUUUCGAGGCUCUUGUGGGUGUAGGAGGCUCUGUCUUUGGUGGCAUUGCCAUGACCAAGUUCCUGGGAGUAUUUGUGCUAGCAUUCACGCGAUCUAAGAUCUUCGAAGUUUACUAUUUCCGAGUGUGGUUAGCACUGGUCAUUGUGGCUACCACCCAUAGUCUGAUUCUACUGCCGGUGUUGCUCACUUACAUUGGAGGCAAGGGAUAUGUUUAUGAUGAUGGAGAGCAGGAUUUGGAGGGAGAGUUGGCUAGUCGGUUCUUGUCUUCCUACGAUAAUGACACUGAAGAGGAGGACUAA